AAUAUUAUUGGGUUUUCUUCGAUUGAGAAAUGUAUUCACCUAAACUAUUUCACAGUACCUUAAUUACCAACAGAAUUUUAACUGGCGUUCGUUCUUAUGCCAAAAGUAAAAAUCCAUUUGUAAAGUCUUGGGAAACAAUCGCAAAUGAAAUUCCUGUAUUAUUUGGUGCUAAAGACAAACCUAUAUAUCCAGAAAAUGUUGAUGUCGUCGUAAUAGGUGGCGGGUUCAUAGGAUCUUCUGUUGCAUAUUGGCUCAAAAGUAGAACCGCCGAAGGUCUUUCAGUUGUAGUUCUUGAAAAGGACCUAACAUACAGAGACCUACAGAAUAAUUCUUCUCUAGGUACCUUAUCACAGCACUUUUCACUACCUGAAAAUAUUUAUCUUUCGCAAUUUAGUGCAGAAUUUUUAAGAAAGAUAAAACAACAUUUAGGUAACAAUGCAAACAUUAAAUAUCAACCUCAUAAAAAUUUAAUACUAGCUUGUGAAAAAUAUGCUGAAACAAUGGAAAAAAAUGUUACAUUACAAGCAGAAUAUGGCAUACAAAAUAAACUUAUUACUCCUAAUAAUAUAAAACAGAGGUAUCCAUGGCUUAACACACAUGAUAUAAAAUUAGGCUGUGUUGGGACUGAAUCUGAGGGAAUUUUUGAUGCUCAAGCAUUGUUAGGAGCAUUUGUAAAUAAGGCACAUGAACUUGGUUCUACAUAUAUCAAUGCAGAGGUGGUUGGGUUUGAUUUAGAAAAGCAAAGGGAUGUGCUAAUGGAAGGUGUCCCACCAGGUUCCUUUGAAAGAAUCAAUAAAGUUAUAUAUAGAACACCAGAUAAUGAAGAAUACAGCAUUAAAUUUGCAGUUUGUGUCUUAGCUGCAGGUGAUGAUUCAGGAAGUAUAGCACGGCUUGCAAAUAUUGGCACUGCUGAAGGGUUACUUUCUGUACCCUUACCUAUAGAAAAAAGGAAAUCGAAAGUAUAUUCCUUAAAAGAUAAAGCUAAAGACACUGGUUUAAAUACCCCUAUAAUAUCAGACACAAGUGGGCUAUGGCUACAAAGAAAUGGACUUGGAAAUAACCUAAUAUGUGGUCAUAUUCCUAUAGUAACAGAAGAUACAAAAGAUCUUUCUGAAAAAGACUAUUAUUCAUCCAUUAUAAAGCCAUCAGUGUUAAAUCGAAUAUCAAAUUGUGAAAAUACAGAGGUAACUGAACUAACUACAGAAAAGCAAGAUUGUAAUACCUUUGAUUAUAGUGGUAUAAUUGGACCUCACCCAUAUCACAAUAACUUGUAUAUCGCAACUGGAUUUGGAAAACAAGGUUGUCAAAAUGCCCCAGCAAUAGGAAGAGCUAUAUCAGAAUUGAUUAUCGAUGGCCGAUAUACUAGUAUAGACUUAACUAGGUUUGAUUUUGACAGAUUACUUACAAACAAUCCAUUGGUAGAAUUUAAUAUUUAUUAAUUUGCUACAUUGUAUAUGCCUUAAUAAAACAAAUACAUAGUGAAUUUUC